AUGGAGUUUGAUGUAUCAAAUAUAAAUGUUGAUAAAGAACAUUUUUUAUCAGCAAUAUCGAUUUAUUUAUAUAAACCACAUGUUGUUAAUAAACGUGUAACAACUGUUCGAUUUGCUUUGGCACUUGAUCGUAAUGAUCGUAAAUAUUCAACAGGAAAAACUAUUGUUGAUAAACGAACAUUAAUAUCGAAAAAUCCAAGAAUUUAUCAUGAUCAAGAUGAAUAUAUUCUAUCGAAUGAUAUGUCAAUUGAAUUUCGACCUAUAGUAUCGAAUGGAAUGAAUAAUAAAUCAUGUAGUGUUCAAGUAUUUGCAUAUCGUUUUGAAUUAUUAAUCAAUGAAAAUAAAAUUCGAUUAGUUAUAGUCGAUAAUAAAACAGAAAAAGAAGUUCUAUGGUUAAAAGAUAAUCUCAUGCCAAAAUUUAUUAAAUGGUGUCAAUCAAAUAUUGAAAAUAGUACAGAAAAUACGACAUUAAAAUUAAUAUCAAUUGAAGAAUAUCAACAUGAAUAUGAACGAUUAAAAGUAAAAUAUGGAAAAUAUUUAACAGAAAAUUGGUGUGAAAGUACUGAUCCUCAAAAACAUGUUUUUGAAGAUUUAGGUAUUGCAAGUUAUUUAUUAACUUACUGGCGUCAAUAUUCUUCAUCAUUUCAGAAGCCUAUUAAAUUUAUUGAUUUAGGUUGUGGUAAUGGUCUUUUAACAUUUUUACUUUCAUCUGAAGGUUAUCCAGGACUUGGUAUUGAUAUGCGUCGUCGUCGUUCAUGGUCUCUGUUUGGUUCAUCACUUUAUUUUGAAUCACUAAUUGAUCCUCAUUCACCAACUUUACAUAAUUUAAUUAUAUCUAAUCAAUAUAGUCUUCUUAUUGGUAAUCAUUCUGAUGAGUUAACACCAUGGUUACCUGUUUUAGCUAGACAAUGUUUUUGUGAUGUUUUUCUAUUGCCUUGUUGUUUCUUUGAUUUUAGUGGAAAAAAAUUCAUUACCAAUAAUCAUAAUGAUACAUCACAAUAUGAACAAUAUUUAAAUUAUAUAGAAAAAAUUGCCGACGUACUUGAUUUUAAUAUAAAAAAAGAUAAAUUACGUAUUCCAUCAACGAAAAAUAUUUGUUUUAUGUUACAUGAAAAAAAACUUGAAAAUCGUGAUUCAAUUCAUACUCGUUUAUUUAAUCAUUUUGGUAUUGAUAUUAAUCAGGAACAUGCUGAUCCUCAAAUACCGAAUCAUCGUUCAUCAUCAAUAAAAUCUAAACCAGAAUUUUAUUCAACAAAAUUUUCUAUUAUUCAUUUUCUUUUUGAAUAUCUUCUAAUACAUAAUAAUCCAUUAACUUUAUCAUCAGCAUAUGAUAUUCUACCAAAUGAACUUUGUGAGCCAUUAAAAUCUGAAAAUGGUGGUUUAAAAUCCGUUAUUCUAUCUUAUCGUCAUGCACUUCAUUUUGAUCCAAAAACAAAAUUAAUAACAUUAGCUAAUCCACAAUUAAAUUCAAUAACAUUAAAACAAAAACAAUCAUCAAAACCAUGUUUUAAAACUAAACCAUGCUUUUUUUAUGCAUUUCAUCCUAAUUCUUGUCCAUUAACAGAUGAACAGUGUGCUUUUUCUCAUUGUAACAAAUAA